AUGAAAAUAGACGGAGAGUCGGCUGUUGUCGCAGUCGAACGAACAACAGCCUGUGAAGAGUGCGUUCAACCAGUGGAACAGACGGCACAGGAAUGGUUACGAAGUGCUUGUUUCCAAGAAAUCUUAGGUUCCGAUACCACCCAUAAGUCCUUGUUUGUCCUAGUCGAGCAUAUUAACGGAGAAAAGGGAGUUCUUCUACUUAAUAAGUCCCCUUUCUCUGAGAAAGCCGAGGAUAUAUCUGCUAUUCUCAAGUCUGCAGAUUUAACUGAGAUUCUUAAGAAUGAUAUUUUUGGUAGCUACGACGUCAGUAUUCCUCCACAUCUGAAUGUGGUGAAGUCCCAGUUAGUAUACCCAGCUGAUGAUAAAGUAAUCGCAAAAUAUAGGCAAGAGGAAAAGUUUGUCAUUCGUGAAACAGCAGAAGAUUACCUCACCAUCACUGUGGAGUACAUUGAAAAGUACCAAAUGAAUCUGCAGUGGGUGUACAAUGUCCUAUCAAAGAGAAAGGAAGCAGAGAGAAUAAUAUAUGAAGAUCCUGAUCCACACAACGGUUUCAUCCUAGCGCCGGACAUUAAGUGGGACGGCAUUGCUUUGGAGAAUCUUUACGUUUUGGCAAUGAUUCAUCGGAGAGGAGUCCGAUCCAUUCGUGAUUUAACUGCUGAUGAUCUUCCAAUGCUAGAGAAUUUGCGGACGCAAAGUUUGACUGCUAUUCGUGAGAAAUAUGGAGUGCGUCCAGAUCAAAUUAGAGCCUACUUCCACUAUCAGCCAUCCUUCUUUCACUUACACGUGCACUUUGUCAGCCUCAAAUACGACGCACCAGCGACCACCGUAAUAAGCGCUGUUCUCCUUGAUGACGUUAUCAACAAUAUACAGUUGAUACCCAACUAUUACAAAAAAGCAACGUUAACGUUCACAAGAAAGGCGUCGGACAAACUUCUGGAGAUGUUUAGAGAAGCAGCCAUUCACCUGUUGUACGGUAUUAACCAACAAUUUGAAUUGCUCAUUGGUUUUGUUUGUAUAUAA